AUGUGGAGUGCCGAGGACCAUGAACUUUUUGAUCGGGCUUUUGCGAUAGCGAGUCGGUCCGGUGCCAGUCGACGUGGUCGGCAGGUUACUGGUGGGCCAGUCGACCGUUUCACCCGUUGGCCAGAAGCCAUCCCCAUCCCGGACAUCACAACCGACACAGUGGCACGAGCCCUACUGACCGGCUGGAUAUCCCGCUUCGGUUGCCCGCAGACCAUCACCACCGACCAGGGACGUCAGUUUGAAACUCAACUCUUCCACUCCCUGGCCAAGCUCUGUGGCAUUCAACUCUCGCGGACAACUGCUCACCACCCAUCGGCUAACGGACUCGUGGAACGUUUUCACAUAACACUAAAGGCAGCCAUCAUAUGCCACGCAGGCCAACACUGGAUAGAAGCCCUAUCCCUGGUUCUCCUCGGAAUCCGCACGGCAUUCAAGGAGGACCUGCAGGCAUCAGUAGCUGAGCUCGUGUACGGCGAGCCACUAAGAAUACCAGGAGAGCUGCUAACUCCGACUGCCAAGCCAGUGGAUCCAGCGCACCUCGUCAUCCAAGUUCGCCAAUAUAUGGCCCGCCUCAGACCAUUUCCAGCAACACGCCAUGCCUCCCCGGCUACAUUCGUGCACAGCGACCUCAAGAAGUGCACACACGUCUUCCUCCGGCAGGACACUACUCGCAGAGCAUUGGAGCCCCCCUACAGCGGCCCCUACCGGGUCCUAUCACGAAAGGACAAGACAAUGCAAAUCCUCAUGCGCGGCAGGCUCGUCACCGUGUCAACCGAUAGGGUCAAACCUGCCUACAUGUUAAACGAGACCGGCCGUGGGACCACCACCGAGACCUUCAACCCUGCAGCCGACGAAACCCCAACCGCGUUUCCGCAUGCCGUACCACCACAGUCUGUACAACGAACUACACGGUCUGGACGUCAUGUACGUUUUCCUGAUCGCUUCAACAGCUGA